AUGGCUCUGAACCACACACGCGUAUCGCGCACAGAGGCCACAGGCUCACCCACAAAAGCCUCACCAACCGCCACUGGUCUGAGCACUCUCGAUCUUUCCCCUCAGCGCGAUGCGGCCCGACCAAGCAACCAUUCAUUAAGUCCCCGUGCAAAGAUACUACGAGAUGCGAGAUUCAAGAGGGGUUCACCACAUAAAACCGUCGGUUCGGGUGGAAAGGAGGGACCUGAUAUGCCAGGAAGUGUCCGAGGACCCGUCAAGACUCGUAUCCCCGCCAACACGGCGUCUGCGAAGCCCCUGCUUCCCGUUACGGAGCGACGUUCGCAAGAGGAUAAGAACCUGACAGCGCGAACGAGGGGGAAUGGAAGCUGUGAGAAGGCUGAUAUAACGCCCGACGGCGGUUCGGGGGGCCGCGAUGGUCGACAGUUUACUGUUGCUAACGUAGGCAACAACGGACGGAUAUAUUUGAGACCCUCUGUUCGACCACCCCACCAGAGACCCCCGCAACCACAUUUUGUCUUCCCCAUGACACCUCCUGCAACAGCUCGUCUCGGCACCCUCGCCGAAAUGAACUUGCAAAACGGACAGCUCGACGAUUUCGCCAGCGGUAUGUGGUCGCCCGCACCCUCGACACCUGCCACCAUCCUGCCGCCGCCACGUUUCCCCGGUCAUGGCAGGCGACCCACCGGCCAUAGACGCGCCCUCUCUGAUUCUACGACCCGUGAGGAUCCGGACACCGGAGGUCUUAAAGUCGUCAUCUCUAGGCCAGGCGAGGAACAAAGGCCAAAGACUAUGGAGGAUAUGGAUCCGCAGAAGGGCCCUCUCUUGGAUGUUGAGAUUCCGAGUUGGCGCAUUGGUAACCCGCGGUUCACCUUGAGGGGAACGCCCGUCUUCAGAGGAUCUAGCCAUGCGCCCACCGAGGAGUUUCCCAGAUCGAGCAACGUGUCGUUCUUGCGUUCGCGCAAGGGCGAGCUGACUCCUCAUACUACCUCCCGGUCGUCCAAGAGGCCGAGCCCGAUAACCGUUCCACAAUUUCGGCUACCGUCUUUUGCUGCGACCAAGUCUCCUCCUGGCCGGUCGCCGCGACUCGCAGCCCCAUACCGAUCGACAUAUUUUUCCACGCAUCUCGUCGUAGAGCCUGCCAUGUUCGAUGCGCUCACUUUCCAGCCGGCGUGCGAUGACAAGACCAUCGUUCGAUAUUCUCCUACGGGCGCUGUGACAGCCGCCACUCCGCCCCGUCUGGUAGCCGAGAUCACCUCCCCGAGCUUCCUCGACUACGAGCUUAUUUCGGAUUUCUUCCUCACCUAUCGAUGUUUUCUGGAGCCGAUGGGUCUUGUGAAGAUGUUGAUGGCGCGCCUGCGAUGGGCGCUUGACCGAGACGAUGAAGUGGGCUUGGUGGUCAGGGUGCGCACUUUCGUCGCCAUCCGUCACUGGAUCCUCAAUUACUUUGUGGACGACCUUGUCACCGACUAUGCUCUCAGGGUGUCCUUCUGUAACCUGCUCAAUGAUCUGGUUGACGAGCUGUCUCAGAAUGCCGAGGCCCGGAAAGGGCAGCUCAAGAUCUUGGCCGAACUCAAGAAAUGUUGGAGACGAGUCUGUGCCCAGUUCUGGGAUGGUCCCGAGUUCAACGUCUCUCAAGGUCCCGACGUCCCCAUCGCACCCGGGGGCAUUGUUGGCCAUCGGAACCCCAGCCUUGACCCGUCGUUUUGGGAGAAACCCGACGUGCCUGUCCGCCUGUCCGCUCUAUUUGCUCCCAGCCACCAGGUUUCCCAGCCAGAGCCAAAUUUCCACGCGAGCGCUGGUAAUUCGAAUCAGGUAACUGACUCGAAAGUCCCCGGGCACCGGCCAACUACUCCGGAACGAGGCCGAAUCGACGAGCUGGAGAGGCACCAAACCUCUCCCACGAGCAUCGUGAGUGUGGAUGUAUUGUCCUGCUCCUUCCCUGGCAAGACAUCGAGGGCGGAACCGUUAGGAACCGGCCACCCACUUGCUGCGCAUCCUGUCCCUUCCAAUUGCGUCCAAACGAACGCGCCAGCAGUAGCGACAACCCCCCGUGCUCUGACCGGAAAACGUGCCCGACCUAGCCCUAGCCAUAAGAGAGCCGGUAGUCUAAGUGAUUCCCUGAGGGAGAAGACGCACAAGAGCCCAGAGAGAUCGGGCUCGAACACGGAAACGGAACACGUUGUGUCAUUUCCCUUUCCCGGCAGCCUGGUCAGGGGCAAUCUGUUGCCUCCCGGGCAACCGUUUGUCGAGAUCAUUCCUCUUGGCAAGGGUGGCAGACACAGACAACGGCAGACCACAGUCUUUGAAGCACGUACGGAGCACGCCGAGAAAUGCACGGGCUCGGCCAUGUCUGGCCAAGGGAUGAGGAAAUUGAUCGGCAGCGUCCGGAGAGCAUUGAGCACCAAAGGCCAAGGAGUAUCCCCGACCCAAGGAAGCUUCAUCAACAUCAUCAACAUGCCCGCCCUCGGUCCUCAGGGUGCCACGACGAACCGUCUCCCCGGAACCGCCGUUGUGCCGCAAGCUCGUCCUCGUCAGACUGACGUUUGUCCGCCGCUUCGCAUCGACCUCCUUGGCGCUCAAAUCGCCGAGGAUUUUAAGAAGGCCAUCCGAGAGGAUGUAGCUGCCGAGUCCGAGAGACGAGACUCGCAACUCGACAAUCUCCCCGGCGGCUUGCCCUUGCACGGUGCUAUCCCUGAAGGCGCAUUCGACCUCACGGAGGCACGUAUGGAGGCCCAUAUAAACGCACAUACGAACUCACCUCUUUCGAGUCCGAAGAAAGACGUUCAGACGAGGCCUAUGAGCGACACUGGUAUCACGGCGGGGAGCAAGUCCAUUGUUAUUGUCGAUGACACCUUUCCGCCUGGGCUCCCCUAUCCGCUCCCCGUCAUACCAAGCAGCUCCCUGUACGGGGCUCACAGCUCAUCGAUCCCGCACGCAACGGGCGACGUGAGCGACGGCAUGGUGCCACCCAGUAAUGCAGAUCCCACCCCACCAAACACGCCUCCCGAUCACUCGGAAGACACCCCGCAGCGACUGCAUCCCGUUCCGGCCCAACGCGCGGUUCGCCGCUCCUUAUCAUCCGAUAACCUUCCUCCGUUCGUCCCUGAUCUGGCCACCCUGGGGCAUGGCUAUAACCCUCGUACUUCUGAAGAUGGUCACUGGCCGUUGACCAGCAUACCAUCGCAGCCGUCGACGGGCCCCGUAAGUCAAAGCCAGAACCGGCAUCCCCUGUCAAGCUUUGGUGCGGGCUACCAUAGACGGCAGAGGUCUGGCAGGACGGAGCUGUCCCUCAACUCGAUUUUACAUCGACGGGUCGCCUCUAUCCGUACCGGCGUCACUCGGCAAUCCACCAUCAGGAGCUUCGAUGCGGGUACCUACUCCGCGACCUCGGCCGCUGAUUUUGACGAGGUCCUUGACGACCACGGGGACGCCGUUCCGCAGCCUCUUCGGAUAUUGCGGCGCAGACCUGGAGGCGACCUACGGGCUGCUACCAACGUCGGAGAGCUUGAUGCCCCAGCCCUGUCUAGGUCACGGUCGGCAGGGUCGUUGACGACGUAUUCGGAAUCGUUGCGAAGUUCAUAUUUGCAGAGCCACAACCAUGACUCGAGCGGAUUCGUCGACGUGGCUUCCAGCGGGAUCUCGCCAGAUCAUGGCGGGACAUUCUCGCUCGGUGCGUUGACUGAGCAGCCCGGCAAGCGGAAGGUAUCAUUAAUCAGCACGCACUCGUCCAAGCCGGUUAUGCCUCCGUCGUUCGAGGCCGAAGCGCAGAAGCUUGCCCAAAUUCCAGACGACGAUGAUGACGGGGGUGUUGAAUCCGCACUAGCUAAGCUGGAAGGGAAGUACGAGAAGAAGACUUUCAAGCUCUCCAUAGUGCCCUCCAACCCACCCGAAGCCUGGCCGGAAGAGUUGGUUCCUGACGAUGAAGAUGAGGGAUCUGAAGCCGAGAGUGGGGUGAAGGAACAGCAUCGUCAUCUCCAUGUUGGCGACGGAGACGACACGGUCAUCCACCACCACCACCACCAUAAUCGCCGUCCUGAUGAGCACGAAGAACGCCACAAUGGUACGCUGUCCCUCGCCAACACUGACGCUCUCCAUGUCCCGCGAGCACGGCCACAUACGGAAGCACGCUCGUUCUUGUCAGAUAACUCGGGCGUCUCCUACUCGUCCAUUCCUCUUCUAGAACGGGGCUUCACCGACGACGGACGGAGUAAAACGGCAACGGUCGAAUGGCGGGAUAAGUCUGUCUUGUUCGGAUCUGAAGACCUUUCACCCGCCCCAACACCCCGCCCCUCUCUACCCAUCGACUCUCAACAUCCUUCGUACGAAUUCGUCCUGAAGACGAGGAGCAUGGAGAAGGCGGCUCCGGACCAUGAUUACCAACCCCCACUAAGCGCAACUCAACAGUCCUCCUUCUUGGAAGACGAUAGUGGGGAUGACGGCACCGACUUGUCUUCCGAGUUGUCCGUGGAUGCGUACGAUACAGAGGAUGAAGGCGCAGGUUACGUAUUUGCUCCGUCUGCUGGGAGCCCGGUGGCGCGGAAACUCCCAUCUCGCCCACUGGGCGAAACUCAUGAUUUUACUAGUCAAAGUAGGCCGCCUUCGCCUCCCAUCACACUCAUCCAAGCUCUUCAAAUGUCACCCUCUACUGCGAACGUUCCUCAGCUCUAUGAUCAUCAAAUCCAGGUUCGGCAGCCGCUCACCCUUACCCCUGACACUACACCUACGGCGCUCCAGCACCCCAAGGAGUCCAGCAACGCGAGGCCCGAAGCGCAAGACGGCCAUGGCCAUGCUCAGAUGGGCGACGGGGAGCGGUCAAAGAAGUACUCGGUUCACCUGCCUUUCAUCCUCGCCUUCGAGUCGGAAGUGCUUGCAGAGCAGUUCACUCUCAUUGAAAAAGAUGCGUUAAACGAGAUCGACUGGAGGGAACUGAUUGAGAUGAACUGGAAGAACGCAGCAAGUAACGAUUCACGGUCUUGGGUCGACUUCUUGCGCAACACCGACGCGCAUGGUGUCGAGGUUGUGAUCGCCCGGUUCAAUAUCAUGGUCAAAUGGGCAUGCAGCGAGAUCGUCCUCACUCAGAACCUAGAGGAGCGUGCCGGAUGCAUCAUCAAGUUCAUCCACGUCGCGGCUCACUGUCGGCGACACCGCAACUUUGCGACGAUGAGUCAGAUAACGAUUGCGCUGACGAGCCAGGAGAUCGCUCGCCUGACCAAGACUUGGGAGAUGGUGCCGACGCACGACCUCAAGACUCUGAGCGAGCUGGAGACCCUCGUGUCACCGAUGCGCAACUUCUACAACCUCCGCGCCGAGAUGGAGGGUGGUUCAGACUUGGGCUGUAUCCCCUUCGUGGGCAUCUAUACCCAUGAUCUCCUUUUCAAUGCCCAACGUCCGUCGGAGAUUGCCAGCUCUCCGACUACGGCUCCCCUCGUCAACUUUGAGCGGUGCCGUUACGCGGCCUGUAUUGUCAAGACGCUCCUCCGGUUGCUGGAGGCUAGCACCCUGUAUCAGUUCCAACCUGUCGAGGGCAUCACGGAGCGGUGUCUUUGGAUGAGCGCCUUGUCUGAUGACGAGAUCAGGAGUCGUUCCGAGAGUCUGGAAUGA